CAUUGACCACCCGACCGGUAGGCGCAUCGAAUCCCUGCAGGCACCCUUUGAAUUGACGGGGGUUAGGGAACCACCUUCCAUGGGGCUUGAGGGGCAUUCUUUGGAGGUCUUCCUGGUCUCAAUCUGACUUGAACACCUUCAUUUGACGACGUCCUUUGUUCUCAUCAUCCAGGUGACGUAGCAAAUUACAAACGCAUUAUUGCUUUCCAAACGCAACUCGAAUCCCAAACCAUUUUUGUAUUCACCUAGACAUCUCAUCGAAAAGACCUCACCGCCGUCAUGGACCGCAUCAAGGAGGAAGCCAGCGAAGCGCGAGACCGAUCGCAAACCGACCGCAAAAUCAUGAUCUCAUCCCCCAACGUCCGCCGGUUUCUCUGCAUCGUUGGAUUACUGAUAAUUGCUGCCUCUGGCGAUGGAAUUGCACAGAAAAUGAACCAGCUCCGGCUGGAGGCCGACGAGUCCAACGCCAAGGUUGAGGAACUUCAGUCCAAGGUCAAGCUACUAGAGCAGGAGAAUCUCAGCAAGGAGCAGGAGAUCACCUCACUCCAGCACAAGAACGGUGUCUUGGAGGGCGAGCUCGAGAAGCUCGAGGAGAAUGUCAAGAACCUGAAGAAGAUGGCAGACGAAAAUGUCAGUGCCGGUACCCAGAAUGAAAACCUGGCCCGCAGGCUGCAACUGCUUGAGGACGAGGCCGAGGAGGCGGAUAAGACCCUGCGGGAAGCUAACGAGAAGCUCCGACAAACGGACGUCAAGGCCGGCCACUUCGAGCGCAAAGUACAGGCCCUGGAGGCGGAAAGAGACAGUUGGGAGCAGAAGUACGAGGAGAUGGCCAAGAAGUAUGCUUCCACACAGAAGGAGUUGGAGGACCUCCUGGCCGAGGUUGGAAACAUCUAA